AUGUCAACAGAGGAUUUAGAGAGUCGCAGUAUGAGGAUUUAUGAAAAGAUUUCCGAAAUGCUAGAAAAAUCUUACCUUAAAGAUGUUAUUAAGGAAAAAUACGCCAAAGAAAUUUUUAAUGAUUUAAAUUACAUACUAAAUCACUACAAUGAAGUCGACACUCUCCAUGAUUACGAGUAUGUUUCAACAACCCAGCGUUUUUCAGAUAUGAUUCGUAGAGUUUAUCUUGGAUCAAAAGCACAGCAAGAAACAGAAGAAAAUCAAAAUGUAAAAUACGAACCCGAACUUGUUACUAACAUUUUAAGAUUUUUCGUGACAAUUGGCGUCGAAAUUAAUCUCAAUGAUUGGUAA